AAGUGCACAUAAGGUCUGUUUGGAUUGGUUUAUUUGAGAAGAUUUAUAGAAGACUUAUACAUGUCCAAGAGGAACUUCUUUCCAAAACAGUCGAAUUGGACAAUAAGUUGUGAGAUGUAGCUGAUGGAAUUCCUAUCAUAAAGCAAAUCCUACACCAUAAGAAUGUUCUUUUGAUUCUAGAUAAUAUGGAUGAACUGAAGCAACUGCAGGGUUUGGCUGGAGGGCUUGAUUGGUUCAGUCCUGACAGCAGAGUCAUCAUUACCACUCGAGACAAACGUUUGCUAACAUGCAGUCACAGGGUUGAAACAACCUAUGAAGUGGAUUGGUUAAAUGUGGCAGAAGCUCUUGAAUUAUUGACGUGGAAGGCAUUUAAAAGUAACAGAGUCCAUUCAAGUUACAAGUACAUUCUACCAUGUGCAAUAACUUAUGCUUCUGGCCUACCAUUAGCUUUAGAAGUAGUUGGUUCCAACUUGUUUGGAUUAGAUAUAGGAGAAUGGGAAUCCACAUUAGACCAGUAUGAAAGGAUUCCAAAUAAAGAGAUCCAAAAGAUACUUAAAGUUUUGAUGCUUUGGAGAAAGAUGAGCAAAGUGUUUUUCUCGACAUUGCUUGUUGCUUGAUUUUUAUAAAGGUUUUACAUGAGCUCUUUCCUUCCAUGUUCCAUAAUUGAAAA